UACCUGAAAUAACAAUAUUUAAUAGUAAAUAUUUUACUAGACUCGAUUACCAGAAAUCCAUAUAUUCAUUAAUCCAAAAUUUGGAUGACAAAAGAAAAAAUUUUAAAUCAAAUAGUAGAAGUGAUGAUGUGAUUGAGACUAUGUAUAGAGAAAAGAGAUUCAAAGAAGCUGUAGAUAUUUUAUGUCAAGAGAAAAGAUUGAAAGAAGCGAUUCAAGUUCUAGACAUUCUAGAUCGUUCACGAAUUCGUCCAUCGGUUGCUAUUUACUCGUCUCUUCUUCAGUUGUGUUUACAGUUAAGAGCACUUGAAGAAGGUAAAAGGGUUCAUGCACAUACUAAAAUCUCUGGUUUUGAAUUUGGGGUUUUCUUAUGUAAUCGGCUUCUUGAUAUGUAUUCAAAAUGCGGUAGUUUAGUUGAUGCUCGGAAAGUGUUUGAUGAAAUGGGGAAUAGAGAUUUGUGUUCUUGGAAUACUAUGAUAUCUGGGUAUACUAAGGCGGGUGAACUUGAAGAAGCUUAUAGAAUGUUUGCUGAUAUGCCUGUCAAGGAUAAGUUUUCAUGGAAUACGAUGAUUUCUGGGUAUGUUCGUCGUGACAGGCCUAAAGAUGCUCUGAAAUUAUAUAGGAGAAUGCAAAUAGAUGAUGAGGUGAAGAGUGACAAGUUUACUGAUUCUAGUGCUCUUUCUGCUUCUGCUGCUAUUCCUUGUUUACAGUGUGGCAGAGAAAUUCAUGCUCAUGUAAUGAGGACUGGAUUGGAUUCAGAUGCUGUUGUUUGGAGUGCUCUAUCUGAUAUGUAUGCGAAAUGUGGAAGUAUAGAAGAUGCGCGGUAUAUUUUUGAUAGAACAUUGGAUCGAGAUGUUGUUUCAUGGACAACCAUGAUUGGAAGAUACUUUGAAAAGGGGAGAAGAGAAGAUGGUUUUGCCUUGUUUUCUGAAAUGUUGAGAUCUGGGAUUAGACCCAAUGACUACACCUAUGCUGCGAUUUUGAAUGCUUGCUCAGCUAAGAUUUUGACUGAAGAAGAUAUAGGGAAACAGGUUCAUGGGCACAUGAUAAGAAUUGGGUUUGACCCCAUUUCAUUUGUUGCAAGUGCGCUAGUCCAUAUGUAUUCUAAGUGUGGUAACAUUCAGAGUGCAAGGAAAGUUUUUGAUGGAAUGCGGCAUCCGGAUCUUGUUUCCUGGACUUCCUUGAUCGGUGGGUUUGCUCAGAAUGGUCGGCCUGAGGAGGCUCUUCAGUAUUUCGAAUUGCUACUAAAAUCAGGAACCAAACCUGAUCACAUUACAUUUGUUGGGGUCCUCUCUGCUUGUACGCAUGCGGGGUUAGUCGAUAAAGGGCUUGAAUACUUCAAUUCCAUAAGUGAAAAGCAUGGAUUAUCACAUAUUGUUGAUCACUAUGCUUGUCUGGUGGACUUGCUGGGACGAUCUGGUUGCCUAGAUGAAGCUGAGGAGAUCGUUGAUAAAAUGCCAAUGAAGCCUAGUAAAUAUAUUUGGGCUUCCUUGCUUGGUAAUUGUCGUAAUUAUGGAAAUCUUAGACUGGCAAAACGAUCUGCAGAAGCGUUAUCGAAAUUAGAGCCUGAGAAUCCUGCAACCUACGUUACUUUGGCCAACAUCUAUGCUGAUGCUGGGAUGUGGAAUGAAGUGGAAAUGAUCAGGAAAACUAUGAGGGAUCAACGUGUGGUUAAGGAACCAAGUUCAAGUUGGAUUACGGUAAACAGAAAGCUCCAUUUGUUUGUGGUGGGAGAUAAUUCACAUCCCAAAAUCAAGGAAAUCCAUGACUUUCUGGAGAAGCUGUCCGUAAAGAUGAAAGAAGCAGGGUAUGUACCUAAAACAGAUUCCGUGCUUCAUGAUGUUGAAGAAGAGCAAAAGGAGCACAAUCUGACUUACCACAGUGAGAAACUUGCAAUUGCUUUUGGUAUUAUGUCUACCCCACCUGGAACAUUGAUCAAGGUUUGUAAGAACCUUAGGACAUGUGGAGAUUGUCAUAGUGCAAUCAAGUUUAUUUCAAAUAUUGAGAAGAGAGAGAUUAUUGUCAGGGACUCGAAGAGGUUCCAUCAUUUCAAGGAUGGGAUCUGCUCAUGUGGAGAUUUUUGGUGAUCUUAUGGUUUAGAAGCUUGUAAACAACUUCAUCUCAGUUGGGUUUCAGAAAGAGUCAGCUGGAAUAAAGCUACAAAUGUACAGGUAUGCGGGCAAUGGAAGUGUUAUUAUAAUGUGGAGUCUGCAAUUGUUCAUUUUGCACUUCAGUUUUAGUUUUGAUAUAUGAGAAGGCUUCAAUUAGCGAGAUUUGGGCAACUUUCGAACACAUUGUCAUAUCGGCUUCUAAAAAAUUAGGUAAGUGAUAGUUAA